AUGGAUAUAAAGAAAAAGAGACUAUCUACUGUACCAAAUCCUAUUACAAAUGGUACAAAGCAACAACAGACACAGCCACAACAACAACAACAACAACCUAGACAAUCUGUUGCGAUGCUCAAUGAUGAUGAGGCCGAGAAGAAGGUGUUGAAGAGAAAGAGUAUAUCAUCAAGCUCAAUGGCUGCAUUGGCCAGUCAACAACAACAGCAGAGACAAGCAGUUGCAAAGCAGCCCUUGAAUGUUGUUGUUGAUGAUGAUGAUGACAACGAUGAAACAUCAAAGCCUGUGACAAAGUCAAAGUCAACAACAUCGACAACAACAACAACAAACACUGGUGCUGGUACUACUUCAAAGAAUCUACAACCAAACAUGCAAUUGUCUGCAGUACCAUCUAUGAAGAGGAAGUCAGUGAUGCCUACACACAAACAACCAGCAGCAGUGUCCAAACGAAUGCUAUCCAACGAUCAAAUAACAGAGAUCUACGCCAAUUGUAUCAAGUUGUCCAACGAGAACAAAAUCAAUACAAAGAAUACAUGGCAACUGAGUUUGAUUGAUCACAUUAGCGAUGUAUUGGAGAACAAUGUUGAGGAAGAUGAUAUGACAAACUUCCAAAAGGCUUCGUGUACAUUGGACGCCAGUGUCAAGAUUUACUCGACUCGUGUCGACUCGGUCCACACAGAGACAUUCAGGAUGCUGGGCGGUCUGUCACACGCCGAGAAGGAGAGCAGCGACGCGGAGAAUGACGCCAGCGACCAGGAUGCAGACCGUCCCAACGCUGACAAUGCAGAGGAUGCCAAUGGCGAGAAGAAGCUCAAGAAGAAGAAGAAGGGAAUCAACACGCUCGAGGCCAACAUUGACAAUAUCAACAGCAAGAAGUUUGACCUGCAGUUCUUCUUUGAUCCCCUGUUUGGCAAGACAUCGGCCGCAUUUGAUGAGGGCGGUGCCAAGGGAUUGCUGCUCAACAAGCUGUCCAUUUAUGGCGAUUGCAAGUUGGUAUUCGAUUCCAAUGACGCCAUCAACAGUACAAGCAGUGGACCACGUCCAGCAACAACACACUACGACGCAAUGGAGAUGGACAAUGAUGGUAUUAUCAUCAGCCAGGACUCAAGGAAGAGCACCACAUCCACGCCCGAUCGAACAGCGUCGUCAUCCUCUCAAUCAGCAGCAGGCAUCUCAAUCAAUCUAGCGAGUUGGAAGCGAUUGUUUGCCCCACUGCCCACUGGUCAGGCGGGCGGAAAGGGUGACACAGUGAUCUGUCCGACGUUCUCCCUGUUUAGUGAUUGGGGCACCAAGAGCACGGUGACCAAGGCCAUGGACGAGGAGGACGUAUACGACAAUGCCGGCCAGAUCGACUUGGACGUCGAGGACAACAUCGCAUUCGACAAUGACCACCUGAGCGACAGAGAGGACAACGACGACGCUGUGCCAGACAACUACUUUGGUGGCGGUGGCGGAGACCACUUUGAGUAUGACAUGGGUGGUGGCGGCGGUGGCGACUUUGAUGACGACCAGGGCGGCGGCGGCGAUGACAUUAGGACACCAAACAUCGUCAACUCGGACAACUGGGAGGAGUUUGGAUUCUUUGAUCAUCAGAACUGGCUGGGACCAGAGCACUGGAAGUUCAAAGCCAACUCAUCAGCAUCAAGAUCAUCACUCAAGUCCACAGCAGCAAAUGAUCAGGACAGUGACGAUGACAUUGGACACAAGAAGAAGAAGACAUCAUCCAAGAAGAAGACACAGACCACUAUAGACUUUGAUGCACCGCCACCUCCAGACUCAAUGUUUGAGCCACCACGCGGUCGUCAAUCCACCGUACUCACAGCAAACGCCCUAAAGAAAGCAUCAGAGAUAUCGACCAUCCUUCCACCUGACAUUCAUUACGAUCAAUCACAACUCAGUCGACUAUUCAACAAGCCACAAUGGAUCAUACCACCUUUGAGCAAGAGAGAUCAGUUCUUCAAGAGACUAUACUCAAGAGAACAGACUGGCCAAGGUGGGGUGAAUGAUAGACAGAUAGACAACAGCAGUGAAUAUGACUUCCCAAGCUCUCAGUGCUUGAAUGAUGACUUUGGAGGAGGCGGCGGUGGCGAUCACGACGACUCUUUUGACGAUGCAGUCGGUGGUGACAUGGGCGGAGGCGACUAUGACAUGGGAGGAGGUGGCUUCGAACCCGACUUUGACAAUGGUGGCGAUGGUGGUGCCAUGUCCGACGCUGCGGCCAUUGGUAUCAAUGGUGGCAAGCUUGUGGACAUACCAAACAAGGUUGCCAAGUUGGACAUUGCCUAUGAGAAGGUUGCAAAGAGGAUUGAUGUCAAGGAGCUCAAGACCUCUGUGUGGCGACUGAUAGACACAACCGAGACGACGCAAGAUACACGAACAACAACAACGACAAGCAAUCAGUUCGCAGAGGUUAUUGAUGGAUUGAACAUUGGAGCACAGACCAGCAAUGUCUCUGUGGCGCUGGCCUUCAUCUGUGUGCUACAUCUAGCGAAUGAGAAAGGACUAUCCCUUGUACAACCUAGCAAGACAGAAGAACAACUUGGUAACUUUGCCAUUCACAAGUGA